GCCUCGCCCGAGAUGGACCUGCCCGUGGGCCCCGGCGCGGCAGGGCCCAGCAACGUCCCGGCCUUCCUGACCAAGCUGUGGACCCUCGUGAGCGACCCGGACACCGACGCGCUCAUCUGCUGGAGCCCGAGCGGGAACAGCUUCCACGUGUUCGACCAGGGCCAGUUCGCCAAGGCGGUACUGCCCAAGUACUUCAAGCACAGCAACAUGGCCAGCUUCGUCCGGCAGCUCAACAUGUAUGGCUUCCGGAAGGUCGUCCACAUUGAGCAGGGGGGCCUGGUGAAGCCUGAGAGGGACGACACCGAGUUCCAGCACCCCUGCUUCCUGCGCGGCCAGGAACAGCUCCUGGAGAACAUCAAGAGGAAAGUGACCAGCGUGUCCACCCUGAAGAGUGAGGACAUAAAGAUCCGCCAGGACAGCGUCACGAAGCUGCUGACGGACGUGCAGCUGAUGAAGGGCAAGCAGGAGUGCAUGGACUCCAAGCUGCUGGCCAUGAAGCAUGAGAACGAGGCUCUGUGGCGGGAGGUGGCCAGCUUGCGGCAGAAGCACGCCCAACAGCAGAAAGUCGUCAACAAGCUCAUCCAGUUCCUGAUCUCGCUGGUGCAGUCAAACCGGAUCCUGGGGGUGAAGAGAAAGAUCCCCCUGAUGCUGAACGAUGGCAGCUCAGCGCACCCCCUGCCCAAGUAUGGCCGGCAGUACUCCCUAGAGCACGUCCACACCACGGGCCCCUACACGGCCUCGUCCCCAGCCUACGGCAGCUCCAGCCUCUUCCCCUCAGACGCAGUGGCCAGCUCCGGACCCAUCAUCUCCGACGUCACGGAGCUGUCUCCCGCCAGCCCUGCAGCCUCCCCAGGCGGGAGCAUAGACGAGAGGCCCCUGUCCAGCAGCCCCUUGGUGCGUGUCAAGGAGGAGCCCCCCAGCCCCCCUCAGAGCCCCCGAGUGCCGGCGACCAGCCCUGGGCACCCGCCUUCUGUGGACACGCCCUUGUCCCCAACUGCCCUCAUCGACUCCAUCCUGCGGGAGAGCGAGCCCGCCCCUGCUGCCUCGGUCCUCAGGCCGGAGAGGAAGGGCCACUGGUCCUGGGAGCACAGUGCUCACAGCCACCCUGGGUGCAGGCCGUGCGUCCCGGCAUCUGCCGUGCCAGCCACGCAACCCUCGGCCCCCAGGGUAACAGCUCGGCCGUGGUGGGCUCUUGUGUUUGUGUCUUGCAGUCUGGCUCGCACUCCACAGAUGUCUGGGGUCGCCCGCCUCUUCCCCUGCCCCUCCUCUUCCUCUCUGCAUGGCCGAGUCCAGCCAGGGAAUGAGCUCAGUGACCACCUGGACGCCAUGGAUUCCAACCUGGACAGCCUGCAGAGCAUGCUGAGCAGCCCCGGCUUCAGUGUGGACACCAGUGCCCUGCUGGACCUGUUCAGCCCCUCGGUGACCGUGCCCGACAUGAGCCUGCCUGACCUCGACAGCAGCCUGGCCAGCAUCCAGGAGCUCCUGUCUCCCCAGGAGCCCCCCAGGCCUCUAGAGGCAGAAAACAGCGGCCCAGACUCAGGGAAGCAGCUGGUGCACUACACGGCGCAGCCUCUACUCCUGCUGGACCCCGGCUCCGUGGAUGCGGGCAGCGGCGACCUGCCUGUGCUUUUUGAGCUGGGGGAGGGCUCCUACUUCUCCGAGGGAGAUGACUACGCAGACGACCCCACCAUCUCCCUGCUGACGGGCUCUGAGCCCUCCAAGGCCAAGGACCCCACAGUCUCCUAGAAGCCCUGCCAGUGGCAGCCUGCCCACCCACCCCAGUGCAGGCUGGUCUGGGGCAGGGCAAGCAUGCCAUCCUGAGUGCCCAGGGCCGGCAGCACAGCACGGGCAAGGAGAGACGGCUCAGGGCUGGGUAGUACCUCGGCCAGGCAGGAAGGCCCAAGCGUGCCUGCCAGCGUGCACUCUGGCCCCAGCGCUUCACAGACAUACUUGGACUGACCCUGCAGGCUGUUCACAGAAUUGUAUUUUGGAUUUUUACACGAGCCCUUUUCCUUCCAUAGACAGACAUGUACGCAUAGGUGGACAGAUGGACUGACGAGACAGGCAGAGGUUAUAAACGGACAGACCAGACUGCA